AUGACUGGUCACAAGGGAGAUCGAGAUUCCAAAAAAAAGAGAGAAAUCUUCCUAACAUCGUCAUCUCUGUCUUUUUCUUCACUUUCUUCCUCUUGUGCGUCGUCAUGGGACGAAACCGUAGAGAGAAACACGAAAUCAUCAAGCGAGGAGCAGAAAGGGAAACUUUCGAAAGCUUCUUCACGAGGCUCUCAAAAGUCAGAUGUGACUCAUGUCACGAUGCAACCUCCUCCAUCUCCACCUCCUUCGAGGUCACCAGCAAUCAAGCUGACGAAUAAUGGUUUAGAGAAUCACGAUCCAGAGAGAAUCCCAGCUACCGUGUUUGGCAAGAAUGGUGACGUGAACUGGAGUGAAAUCUCGAAUGAGUCAUUGUUUAGUCUGGCAGUGUCCAGUUAUCAAGCGUUUCGUCAGAGCAAUGUCAAACCUAAAGAAGCUUUAACGCCGCCGGGUGGUGAGUACUUAUCAUACUCUCCUUCUGAGCUAGUUAAGCCUGAUAAGGAUGGAGAAGAGAAGAGAUCUGAAACGAAAGAGACAAAGAGUGGAGUGACAUCGGUCGGGACUAGUGGUCAUGGAGAGAAGUCCUCAUAUUCACCUCCUCCAGCUGCCUCAUGGAGUACUAGCCCCAGCAACUUCUAUGAGUUGUAUCAAUCCCCGCCGACGAAAGCUCAAUCUUUAUCCGAUACUGGCGGCUACAAAAAGAAAAGUAAGACAAGAAAGAGCAAGAAGAAGAAGAAGAAGAAUAAGAAGAAGGAGAAGAAGGAAAAGAAGGAGAAAGAGAAAGAGAAAGAGAAAGAGAAAAAGUUCAAUCUAUUUCAAUGUCUGACGAACAAGUGUUGCAUAUGGUCUUGGUUGUGUUCAGGGAUUCCAAAGUGUGAAUGUUUCAAAUGGAGAAAGUGUUGCUGCUGCUGCUGCUGCUGCUGGAGAAGGCCAAAAGCUAAGGGCUUGUGA